AUGUCGUGUACUUACUUGCAGGACGAGAAAGGCAAGCCUGUUUCGGCUGAUCACGUGAAGAGCAUCCACAAUCAUAUGCUCUCAAGCUUCUGGCAACUUCAAUCCCAAGGCCUCGCACCGGUGUCUAUUGGCCAAGCCUUGUUGCAAGUCUUACAGUGGCUUAUUCAUACUCUGCACAAAGAGUAUAUCAAAUUUCGUUUGUGUGCUGACAACUGGAAGGCAAUGAAGCUGAUGACCAACAAUUACUCUCAAUGGUCGACCUACCAUGUCAAGGGCAAGAAAGCCAGCAAGCAUGUUAAGGCCAAGCCUGGUGACGAACUCAAAGUGGAACAUACGAAGAAGCGAGCACAGAUCAAUUCAGAUAUAAUCUCCGAGCCUGUCACUGAGCCUUCUACUAGUACCAAUGAAGCGAUACCUGACACACUGCAACACCCCUCCCUUGACUGUGAACCAACACCACCACCCAGCACCGAUAAAGGCAAAGGCAAAGAGGUGCCUAUUGUAGAGAUCAAAAACCCUCUUUCUAAUCUUCUUAUGAAACCUCAGCCCAGACCCAUUCCACCCAAACUUCCUCUGACUUCUAUUGAUUCCUCAACUUCUAUCAUCUCCUCAAGUUCUGAAUCCAACCUGGCUGUAGUCCUGCCCUCCCACAUCAUCACACCAGUAUCCAUGACCGACAUCUCAUUGAGCUCGAAUUUGACUUCACUUGCCGAUCUGGCUUCACUUGCUGUGAAAAUGGAACUCGUCAAUGCUAACACGAUUGACUUGAAGGCUGAUGCCAUCAAGAAGCGACAGCCAAGUACCAAGCCAAUGUGUGUGAGCCCCAAGAUCAUGGCACAGAAUCUUUGUGCCCUCGAGUGGCAGUCAAAUGGCCAUCAAAAGGAACCAGCCAGUGUCUUCACUACUUACUGGAAUAGGUUGUCUACAGCUGACAAAGAGUUAUACAAGUGCAAAGCAGCUGUUCAGCUGUCUGCCCCAGGACUGGCUCAAGCAGAUGACAACCAGGAUGAAUAG